CGGACUUCUCCCAAUCGUUACGCCCUUCCAAUGGUUCAUCCUAUUCUACAGCGUCUUGGUUUAUCUCUCGCUGUCCUCACUGUGGUAUCUGGCGAACUGAGUCAAACUUCGGACCCGGUCAAGGAUGCUAUCAACGAGCUGAAGGAGAAACUCCCUCCGAACGCCACUAUCACGGAUCACAUCCCCGACCCAUUUUUCUCUCUAUUCGGAGCAUCACACGGCAUCACUCCUGCUGCCAUGGUAUCUCCUGAUAACUCCGACCAGGUUGCGACUGCUCUAACUAUUUGCCACAAGUAUAAGGUGCCUGCCGCUCUCCGUAGUGGAGAAGGCCAUUCCUACAUCGGCCAGAGCAACGUUAACAAGGGUAUCAUUCUAAGCUUGCAGCGUUUCAAAGAUCUUAACGUCCAAGCUGUCGAUGGGGAUUAUAUAGUUCAAAUGGGAGGAGGUCUCGACCUGAUUGAGGCAUACACAAAAAUGGCUCUCCAUCAGCCGCCUCUGGGAUUCGCCGGAGGAUUCUCCCCGAGCACCGGGAUAGGGGGUUACUUCUCUGGAGGUGGCCACGGCUUGCUCGGUCCCAAGUAUGGCAUAGGAGCUGACCGGCUCGUCGCUGCUGACAUCGUUAUUUACGACAAGACGGCUAACGCAUUCCAACUCGUGAAGGCUACGUUGACCAAUGAGCAUGCUGACCUCUUGUUUGCUAUCCGUGGCGGGAUGGGCGGCAACUAUGGUGUGGUGGUGAACUUCUAUUACAAGGCAUUCAUUACUGGUAGUGUCCUCUAUUCUUCGGGAGCUACAAAUAUCUUCGAAGUCGAAAACUACGUUGGGCAUAUGAAGUCUUAUAUGGACUUCAUACAGGCUUCUACCACUCCCAAGGAGUUCAAUGCCGCACUGAUACUUGGAUAUUCCGCUUUCCAAGCCCUCUCAUACUAUUUUUCCAUCUGCCAAUGUGAUUCAAGGAACUGUUCGUCCUGCCUUGAUGUGACAAAUGUAUUCAGGAACUACACGGGCAUCACCAACUCGAGCGGGAUCCUCCCCGAUCAGAAGGAGAUGACUUUCGUCGAGGCCAUGUGGACGAGCAUGAAUUGUUUUUCGGUCUUCCCUACUAAAGGAAUUCCCGGUGCAUCAAUGCCUGAGAUCGAGGAGGCGAUGACUAAAUGUCGCGCUAUCGAGAAGAAAGUAGUUUUACAGUGGAUUCAGAUCCAGUACUACUAUCCCAGCAUAUUGACUCAUGAUAACCUCGAGGCCAUGGUGAGUCAUGUCUUGGGGAAAACAUGUGCUUCGAAAGGUUGUUACCAGUAUGUCCUGCCUUACACCCACCAGAUGCUCGAGGAGCCGACGGACUGUCUCGAUAGUUCCGGAGGAAAGUGUACCUCCUUUGACCACCGUCAGAAGGGGUUCUCUAUUGAACAUGGUAUGUUCCUCCUUCCUGGUGAAGACCCCUCCAAGGUGGUCGAGCCGUGGAUGGCUAAUAUGUCGGACACUGUGAGGCCCUUCUCAACCGACACCAAGUAUCAGAAUUACAUCGAGUCCACUAUGACUCGUGAUGAAUGGAUCCCUCGUUACUUCCCACAUAAUGGGACUUACGAGCGGCUUCAGGCGGUGAAGUGUAAAUACAAUGGUAUCGAUAUGUUCGACUUCAGACGUAUAACUAACUUCACUAUCGAUCUGAAUGAUUGCGAGGAUGGAACUUCCUCACAUUGCCCGGCUCGUUAGGCUGUAGGUUCAGCUCAUCCCAUAACAAUCUUCAUUUUUUCCCGUACUUGGCAUAUGUUAGUAUUUCAACAGUUCGCAUCGAAGUUAUCAACACCAGAACAAUAUGUCCGGUAUGUUAUAGCAUGAAUUCCUUAUAUUAUUAAGGCAUAUCUCCUUCCAUCAUAUUUAGAGACUACUCAAU